UAAAAUGAAUUGCUCUGCCCGACUAUCUAAAUCUAUUCCAGGUUUCUACUGCUCCAGUGUUAGAUUCGAUACCGCUCCCUGCAUCCAUUUCCUCCAUUUUUGUCAAAAUGCCCCACCUACCUAUGUCAACUUCAGGUUGAAGAAUUCUGUAACACUGAAACUGGGGCAGAAGUUACUUCCUACGUGUGCAUCAAAGACAAAUCCCUCAGAAGGAUCUGAUAGGAAGAAUGGCGAAACUGCCCGAGGCCCUCCAUUCCUGACCAUUUUGGCUGGUUUUCUUGUAUUUUUCGUUCUAUGUUGGAUCAUUGGAUCUAUUGUACUGUGGCUCAUUGGUCUAUUUGUCCGCGCACCUCCAUCCAAAUGACAUCAAAUUUGUACUUUAUGUAGGCAACUUUGUUCAAUAGCUAGGUUCACUUUUCUUGACCAUCGCUUUGGAAUCCAAUAUUUUCUAUUUCCAAGCAUGAAA